UCCGUCGUUCUUCUCUGGUCACGUGUGACAGGAAGUGGCCCCUGCAGCGGAGUUCUGGAGAUGGGGACCUCCCUGGACAUUAAGAUUAAAAGAGCGAACAAGGUUUACCAUGCCGGGGAAAUGCUGUCGGGCGUGGUGGUCAUAUGCGGGAAGGACUCGGUCCAGCACCAGGGCAUCUCUCUGACUGUGGAAGGGACCGUGAACCUGCAGCUCAGUGCCAAGAGUGUGGGUGUGUUCGAAGCUUUCUACAAUUCGGUUAAGCCCAUCCAGAUCAUCAACAGCACCAUCGAAAUGGUGAAGCCGGGGAAGUUCCCCAGCGGCAAGACGGAGAUUCCUUUUGAAUUUCCUCUGCAUGGGAAGGGCAACAAAGUCCUGUACGAGACGUAUCACGGCGUGUUCGUCAACAUCCAGUACACCCUGCGCUGUGACAUGAAGCGGUCUCUGUUGGCCAAGGACUUGACGAAGACCUGCGAGUUCAUCGUCCACUCUGCCCCUCAGAAGGGGAAGCUGACCCCGAGCCCCGUGGACUUCACCAUCACACCCGAGACCUUGCAGAACGUCAAAGAGAGAGCCUUGCUCCCCAAGUUUCUCAUCAGGGGACACCUGAACUCGACCAGCUGCGUCAUCACACAGCCGCUGACGGGCGAGCUGGUGGUGGAGAGCUCGGAGGCCGCCAUCCAGAGCAUAGAGCUGCAGCUGGUCCGCGUGGAGACCUGCGGGUGUGCAGAAGGCUAUGCCCGUGAUGCCACCGAGAUUCAGAACAUUCAGAUCGCCGACGGGGAUGUCUGUCGGGGCCUCUCGAUCCCCAUUUACAUGGUCUUCCCCCGGCUGUUCACCUGCCCCACGCUGGAGACCACCAACUUCAAAGUGGAAUUCGAGGUGAACGUUGUGGUGCUGCUGCAGGGCGAUCACCUCAUCACGGAGAACUUCCCGCUGAGGCUGUGCAGGACGUAGCCCGGGCCGAGCGGCCGGCGGAGGUGCAGCCGUGGGGCACACGCCGCCUUCCUCGACGGUUCUGCCCCAGACAUGGACCCGGCCCCCCACGUCACAGCUGCCUCCUCCCUCAUUUCCUCCAGGCUUCUGCUCCCAGCAGGCGCCUCCAGUCAGACCUGCUCUUCAGAUCCAUCGGGUUUCCUGGCGUUACCGGCAGGGUCACUGAGGAAGCAGAAUUUCAUAGGCCGCCUGACCUUGCAGCUGCUGUGUGGGGCGGAGGGCAGCGGUGGCAGCGGUGACAGCAGUUUGAGUUCUGCUGGGCAGCGAGGUCCUGGGGCUGCGACCGCACAGCCACGGCAGGGACAGGCGGCAGGGCCACGGCAGGGCAAGGACCCCCUUGCUGGUGGCAUCCUCAGGUGCCCUCCGAGGAGGGUGCCAAGUGGCUGCUGCCACCGAGCUCUGUGGUUCUCCAACACUGUUCGUGAUGACAGUCCUUCUUGCUGCCAUAGGAGUGAGGGGAGUUGGUGACAGUGGCUGAAGUAUUUCUGAAGUCUCAGGACCUGGUGUAAAAUCAUGUGCCACGGGGUUCCCAGAAUGCCCUUCGGGGCCACGUUAUGUGGGGGGCAUGAGUCCGUGCCCAUUGUUGGGUCAGUUCUGAGCAGCAGGAGGCUCGUUUCCGGGGUGGUAGGUGAGGACCUGUCUGUACUGGCUGGGGCCAGCAGUGUCCUGGACUCUAUGAACUUGGCCUCUCUCCAACCCUGCCUGUGUCCUGGCCAGGGAGCUGGGCCUGAAGCCACCUCCUCCUUAGCCCCAGUCUGUGGCCCACAGUGUACGGUGAGCCUGUCCCAGCCCAUGUCCUCCUUCCCACCCUGCCCUUCCUCCCAUCCGUCCACCACUGACCAGCCCUCAGAAGUAAACCCUGAGCUUGGCAUGACCUUCCCUGCCAGUCCCCCGUCUGGGCGGGCUCAGGUGGAUGGCCACUGUCCCUGGACAGCACGUGUGAUGCUGAGUGCAGACGACCCCAACUCAGGCACGGCUUCGCUGCAGGGCCUCACCGGGGGGAGGGGGCCCACGAGUACAGAGCCAUCCAAGGCUGGCUUCCACAGGACGCGUGGCUGGGUCACAGGGCUCCGCUCACGCCCCCAUCUGUCCUUGAUGAUGUCUUUAAAGGAGCAGAAAACAAAGAGACUCUACUUUUGGGAAUAUUUCACAGGUAGAUAUCAUUUUUAAUGGAAAAAAAAAGCCAAAUGAGAAUUUUGAGAAAUGCUUUCAAAUGUGUGUUGCUAUGUCGAUUCUCUAGUAAGCCCAUUUUACAGAUAUCAGUAGGAUUACUCCUUAGGGAGCAGUUGUUACCUGUGGAGGAGCCACAGCCCAGCCUCCACCUGCACUUCCACCGGAGGCUGUUAAGGGAAACCCAGGUGUCCAGCUGCCCUGGGUGGAGCCGGGUCUGUCCACCCCUGGAGGCCGGGGUUGUCAGACUCUCUCAUUUGAGGAAGGGGAGGUGAAGGAGAGUCCGAACUAUGAAUUUACUGCUGUGGAAAUGUCCCUUCAGGCAGGAACACACUCUGGCCAUCAGAGUUCCAGAAGAAACAGGGCCUGGGUCCAGUUCUCAGACAUGUUGUAGAUUCCCGAGAAGGCCGAGACGUUAACGAGAAAUAAAAUGUUAAAAGAGCCAAACAUCGUGCCUGAGUUUGUCCAAAGUCCUUGUCCUGAGCCCACCUUUAUGACAGCUGGUGGGAGGUAGAACCCUGGCAUUUGUGCCUUCCCCGGGGGCUGAA